AUGGGAAUUUUGAAUGGAACAAAUAGUUUAGAAAAUCUUUUUAUCAAGGACGAUGGAGUAGCAACAGAAACUUCAAUUGCUCAGUCAAAAACUGAAGCAUCUGUGUAUCAUAUUUAUAAAGCUGCGCAAGAAACAAAUCUUUUAAAAACAGAGGAACAUAUCAAUUAUGUUUUAAAAGGUCUCAAAGGCCUCGAGAAAUAUUUUGUUGGCUUAGAUGCAAGUAAACCAUGGUUAUGUUAUUGGAUGCUUCAUUCGUUGGAUUUGCUAGGACAUAAAAUUGAUAAAAAUCUUAUUAAAGGUAAAUUACAAAAUCCAACUGGAGGUUUUGCUGGUGGAAUAGGUCAAAUAUCACAUGCAGCUGUCACAUAUGCAGCUGUUAAUGCAUUGGCAAUAUUAGGAACUAAAGAAGCAUAUGACUUAAUUGAUAGAGAAAAUCUUUAUAAAUGGUGUUUGAAAUUAAAAAAACCAGAUGGUUCAUUUACUAUGCAUGAAAAUGGAGAAGUUGAUAUACGUGGAGCAUAUUGUAUCUUGUCUGUUGCCACACUGGUUAAUAUAAUUACACCUGAAUUAAUUGAAGGAACAGCUGAAUGGAUAAAAAGUCAAAAUUUUGACGGUGGAAUAGGUGGCGAGCCUGGCAUUGAAUCACAUGGUGGUUAUGCAUUCUGUGGGCUUGCUGCCAUGGAAAUAAUGAAUGAAACCAAUAUGAUUGACAUUCCUUUACUUUUGCAUUGGGCAACAUCACUCCAAAUGCAACUUGAAGGUGGAUUUCAAGGUCGUCCAAAUAAAUUAGUGGACGGCUGCUAUUCGUUUUGGGUUGGUGCGUUGUUUCCUUUAAUAGAAGCAAUAUUAACUAGACAAAUAGUUGAAAAGGAUGAUAAACCAUCUAGUCAUAUUACUGUCAGCCCUUUAUUUGACAGAGAGGCACUCCAAGAAUAUAUUUUAAUUGCAUGUCAAUAUAAUAAUGGAGGAUUAGUUGAUAAACCAACUCGUAGGCCUGAUUAUUAUCAUACAUCUUAUUGUUUAAGUGGUUUAUCAACUGCACAACAUCAUAUGGUUUACGAUAUUAUAAAAGCAAAAUCAUUACAAGGCAAAACAACCCUUGAUGCUUGUGCUAGAUCUUUAUUAUGGUCUGAUGACAUUUUACAACGUGUUGUUUUAGGAAAUCCAAAAAACAUCGUGAAUGCGACACACCCUGUUCACAAUAUUACUGUACCAAAAGUUCACAAUAUCAUUAAUUAUUUUAAAGACAAAAAAUUAUUUGAUUAG